AUGGUGCUUAAGAUCUUCUUUCCAUCCUGCUGCUCUUCGGCAGAAAGCGGCAUCUUGAUCGGCCGCUGGAUCUCCCAGCAGAGCUCUGCUGUGGUCCUGGCCGUGGUCCACUUCCCUUUCAUUCCUCUGCAGGUGAAGCAGUACCUCAGCGAGCUCCAGCGGGUGACAGCAGUCAGUGUUUCUGUGCUGGGCUCCUGGAGCAAUAGCCAACAGGAGAAAGAAGAGAGUCUGAGUGAGUUCUUGGAAGACCUCGGGACGAUAUUCUCCCAGGAGCCGUGGAUUCAGAUAAGCAAAGAGGGAGACAACAAAUUCUGGAGCUGCUCUGUCCUCCAGAAGAACUCUGACAACCAUAAGGAGGAGGAAAUCAUCUUGGUGUACUAUGACCAGCGCCAAGUGAUGCUCUCACACCUCCAUCCCCCUCUGGAGGCAGCCAGCUCUGCCGAGCAGGAGGCGGGCGACCCCUCCAGGCUGGCUGCCAUCUUCAGCACGGUCUCCAGGAGCAGGGUGCUGUUCAUGACAGACAGGUAUGACGACGGGCCCAUCAAGCUGACCCACUGGCAGUCGGACGGCGUGGAAGCCAGCAUCAUCGUGGAGCUGCUGAAGCAGGGCUCUGGGCCUGCCUGCGUGCUCCUGGCCUUCCUGCUCUCGCUGCUCUCCAGGCUCUGCAGGAGCAGGGUGCUGAAGUUUUGGCCUUUGUCUUUCUUAUGGAGCAAACUCUCAACUUGUGAGCAGCUGGGACAUCGCCUGCAGCACCUCCAGGUCAUCAGCAGCAACAAGAAGGCUCAAAACCAGACUCAGUUCAUGAGGAAAGCCAACAUCUUUGUCUCUCUGCUGAUUGAUGUGGCUCUGGGGAUACUGCUGAUGUCCUGGCUGUACAGGAAGAACAGAAUUGGUCACCUUGCUGACACUCUCAUCCCUGUGGCUGAUCACGUAGCUGAAGAGCUCCAGGACCUGCUCCAGUGGCUAAUGGGAGCACCAGCUGGGCUGAAGAUGAACCGAGCCCUGGAUCAGGUUUUGGGCCGCUUCUUCCUUUACCACAUCCAUCUUUGGAUUAGCUACAUUCACCUGAUGUCCCCCUUCAUUGAGAUGAUCCUCUGGUACGUUGGUCUGUCAGCUUGCCUGGGCCUGACUGUGGCUCUCUGCAUCCUCUCUGACAUCCUUGCACUCCUGACCUUCCACAUCUACUGCUUCUAUGUCUAUGGAGCCAGGCUCUACUGCCUGAAGAUCUACGGGCUGUCCUCCCUCUGGCGCCUCUUCCGAGGGAAGAAGUGGAACGUCCUCCGGCAGCGGGUGGAUUCCUGCUCCUAUGACUUGGACCAGUUAUUUAUUGGCACUCUGCUGUUUACAAUUCUGCUGUUCCUCCUUCCUACAACAGCACUGUAUUAUUUGGUGUUUACCCUGCUCCGGUUGCUGGUGGUGGUUGUGCAGGGCCUGAUACACUUGCUGGUCGACCUGAUCGACUCUCUGCCUCUCUAUUCACUCAUCCUUCGACUCUGCAGAUCCUACAGGCUUGCAGCUGGUGUGAAGUUCAGAGUCCUGGAGCAGCAGGAUGGAAAACCUCUGCGGCUCCUUAUGCAGAUCAACCCCCUGUCCUACGGCAGCGUGGUGCAGACCUACAGGCUGCCAACCUACAGCUGCUACCCAAAGGACUCCUGGACAUCCCUCUGCAAGAAGCUGUUCCUUGGAGAGCUGAUCUACCCUUGGAAACACAAAGGAGAGAAGCAGGACUGAACAACAGCAAAAAAGCUGGAGAGACUUGGUUGGGAAACCCUAUUUAAUUCUGCUGCUUUUGGACCAAAGGCCUCUCAGAGCCAGCAACCACUAGAUCCCUCUAAUUAGAUUUUGGUAACGUGGCAGGGGCUGAAUUUUUAAAGGCAAGUAUUUUUAAAUGUUAUU